UCAAUACAAUCGAAAUCAUCAUUUUAAAAAAGAAAAAAAAAAAAGAGAAAGAAAAAUGUUUCUAAAUCGAGUAUAAUGUACAUUCUGUAAAUCUAAAACUUAUUCUUACAUUGCACUUUAAAUAUUAUAAAAGCUUCUAAACUAAUAUUCCUUUUCUCACUCAUCAGAUAUAUAUAUAUAGUAUUAUUUAUAAUAAAAGAAAUAUAUUUUCUAUCAUUUAUGAUCGUAUUGCGAACUUAUACAAUGUUUAUUACUAUCGUUACAACGAUAAUUAAAAUCUAAAUGAAAUUUGGAUUAGAGUUUUAUUUCAAAGAUAUCUAUCAAAAUUCCUGUCCAUAAACUAUUUUGUAUUCAAUAAAUAUGCUCUUUGAUAGAAAAUCUUUAGUAUUAAUAUUCGAGUGAAUUCAAGCUUCAGAAUUGUAAAUACUUAAAGAUAUAUGCAUUAAUUCGAUCUUUUUUCACUAGAUGAUUGAUCGAUCAAAAUUAUCGAAUAUUCAGAAGCGUACCUUUAAGUUCGUAUAAUAUUUUAUUAAGAAAUAAUUAAGAACACAAUUUUUAAAUCCACAAUUAUAUAUACACACACAUACACAUUUAAAAUAUACGUAUAUAUAUGUACUAUAUCUAUUAUAUAUGCUAUAUACAUAUAUACACAUAUGUAUAUACACAUUAUGUAUCUAAAUACAUUCAUUCAUGUAUACAUAUAACACUAUGUUCGCCAAUUCCAACAAUAAAGAUUAUGUAAUUAACAAUUUUUCAAAAUAUAUACAUGUACGUUGUUCAAACGUAUUUGUGUACGUGAGUGUAUGUAUACAUUCAUACAUAUAUAUUGGAGAGAUUCGUUAUAAUCUCGGAUGAUUUUUUGCACCUUCGGUUUCAUCUAAACAGUCCCGAAUGUUUACGAACAUUAACGAUCGACCGACGAGCCGAGCCAUUGUAAGUCAGUUUACCGAGAACCUUUGUAAUAGAAACAUCUUUUCGAAUAUACAUCUAUUAAGAUCUGCGUAACACAUAUAUUUUCGUCUACGAUCGAAAAAUUCUUUAAAAAUGUGAUAGAAAAGCCGGUCAUGCAUUCGCAUAUUUCGUAUGUCCUGCUUGAUAUCCGUAUAUACGAUUAUCCUAAUGUUUAUCGUUAAUAUCCUUAUGUGCAACAAGAAAGAAGGGACCAAGAAUCUGGGUAGUAGACGCGAUUCAUCGAGAAGAAAAGAAGUGGAAAGAUUAACGAGCUAAAGAUGCUUGAGUUGAUAAGGAAGAACCAGUAAGAGGAAAAGAGAUAAGCGUUAUAGGGCAUCAAAAGGAAAGAGAGGGAGAGAGAAAAAGAGGGAGAGGAAAUAAUAAAGCUCAGCGAACGAAACUUGAAAAUGUCAUCUUCCUGAACGGAAUGGAAAGGACGGAUUGGUAACAAUUUAUCGUUCGAAAAGUUUCGAAACUAGAUAAUUAUCGGAAAUAUUCAUUUGUUUUACGUAUUAUUAUUUAUAUAUUUAUUUAUUUUACGUACUAUCUCAUUGUGAUAUUACGUUAAAUACUCGUGAUCGUUUAUUAUUACGAAAUAUCUGCUGAUACUAUUGGAAAAAUAAUUAAUCAACGAAUUGGACCAUUCAGCGAGAUUCUUAAUAUCAUUUAAAUUAGCAAAAAUCUUCUUCUCGACUAUUAUAGAAUAAAUGAAAAAAUACCAUUACUAAAAGAUAUUCAAAGAAAUAUGGCAAAAAAAAUUGUUGGAUAUUCUCAAAAAAAACUUGUUUCUCAAAAUGGGCAUGUAAUUAAAGCAAAAAGGUUUCUUCAAUACAUUGCAAGUUUCUCAGCAUCGCUAGGAGCACUAGCAGCAGGAAUGUCGGUAUCAUGGACUUCAAAUGCUGGUAUAAAUGGUGCCAAUAUAGCAAGGGUAUAUAAUAUUUCCAUUACCGCAGAAGAGUUUUCAUGGAUUGGAUCACUCGCAGCACUUGGUUCUGCAGUAUCAUGUGUACCAAUUGGUAUUCUUGCAGAUAUAAUAGGCAGAAAGUAUUCUAUGCUAAUACUUGUAAUUCCUUUUACUAUUGGCUGGCUUUGUAUUAUUUUUGCAAAAUCUGUCACUUUAUUUUACAUUGGAAGGUUCUUGACAGGUUUCAGCGGUGGAGCUUUUUGUGUGACAGGUCCUAUGUAUACUUCAGAAAUUGCUGAAAGCGAAAUUCGUGGAAGAUUAGGUCUAUAUUAUCAGUUAUUUCUCACUGCUGGUAGUUUAACUGUAAAGAUUCUAAAUUUGGGUGUAAAUAUGUUUGAAUUAUCCGUUAUAUCUGGGUUUGUACCGAUAGUCUUUGGUAUAACAUUCUUCUUCAUGCCAGAAACUCCUGUAUAUUAUUUAAUUAAAGGAAAUGAAGAUGCUGCUAGAAAAAGUUACAUUAAAUUUAGAGGUCCUCAUUAUGAUAUAGAACCAGAAUUAAGUAUGCAGAAAAGAAUAAUAGAAGAGACUAAUAACCACAAAGUAUCGUUUUUAAUUUUAUUGAAAACUAAAGCUUGUAAGAAAGCCAUAUUAAUAUCGUAUGGUCUUAUGGGAUUUCAACAAUUUAGUGGAAUAAAUGCUCUUACAUUUUAUAUCGGUCCUAUAUUUGAAACAGCAGGUGGUUCUGUUGGACCUAAAGAAGCUGCUGUUGUAAUAAGUGUAAUUGGAAUAACUAUGAUAUUUAUUAGCACAUUAAUAGUCGAUCGUCUAGGUAGAAAAAUAUUACUUACAAUAUCUAUUAUUUUUAUGUGUUUAUCUCUCUUAGCACUUGGUAUUCACUUCUAUCUCAUGGAAAAAAUGAAUACAAGUAAUUUAGGUUGGUUACCUCUCUUAUCUGUCUGUUCUUAUAUCGUUUCAUUUGCAAUUGGAUUUGGCCCUAUUCCAUGGAUGAUGAUCUCAGAAGUUUUUAGCCCAGAAACUAAAGCUAUUGCUGGUAGUAGUGCUUGCUUAUGGAAUUGGAUAGUAGCAUUUAUUGUCACUAAAACUUUUGUUAAUUUAAAUAAUACUAUACAUAACUAUGGUACGUUUUGGUUAUUUUCAUUUGUUUGUGCUGUAGGUAUCUGUUUUGUUUUAUUCUUUGUCCCAGAAACGAAAGGCAAAACAUUAGAACAAAUACAACGCGAAUUGAGCGCAUAAUUAGGUAUUUAAAAAAAUCAUUAAUAUAUAAAAAACAUUGUGACAUAAUAAAUUGCAUAUAAUAUAGGGCUGAUCUUUUCAUAUAUUGAUUAUAAUAUGUUUUAGACAGAUAUAUUUUUGUUGGGUUUGCGAGGUAUUUAAGUUACAUUUUUAUACACUAAUAUAAUUUGACUAAUAUAUUAUUGAUUGCUAUAUUUUGUUCAUAGUUUUAAAUCGAGUAUGACGUAUAUUCUUCAAAAUUUAUUCUUGCAUUGUAUUUUAAAUAAUAUUAGUGUUUCUAAAUAUUCUAUUUCUCACUCAUCAGAAAUAUAUAUUAUCAUUUAUAAUAAAAGAAAUAUAUUCUUAAUCAUUUAUGAUCGUUUUGCAAACUUAUACAACAUAUAUUACUUUCGUUAUAACGAUAAUUAGAAUCUAAGUAAAAUUUGGAUUAGAGAUUUAUUUCAAAGAUAUCUAUCAAAAUUCCUGUCCAUAAACUAUUUUGUAUUCAAUAAAUAUGCUCUCUGAUAGAAAAUUUUUAGUAUUAAUAUUCGAGUGAAUUCAAGGUUCAGAAUUGUAAAUACCUAAAGAUGUAUACAUUAAUCCGAUCUUUUUUCACUAGAUGAUUGAUCGAUCAAAAUUAUCGAAUAUUCAGAAGCGUAUCAUUAAAUUCGUAUAAGAUUUUAUUAAGAAAUAAUUAAGAACACAAUUUUUAAAUCCACAAUUAUAUAUAUACAUAUAUACCUACAUAUAUAUGUAUAUACAUUAUGUAUCUAAAUACAUUCAUCCAUGUAUACAUAUAUCGUUAUGUUCGCCAAUGCGAGCAAUAAAAAUUAUGUAAUUAACAAUUUUUCAAAAUAUAUACAUGUACGUUGUUCAAACGUAUUUGUGUACGUGAGUGUAUGUAUACAUUCAUACGUAUAUAUUGGAGAGAUUCGUUAUAAUCUCGGAUGAUUUUUUGCACCUUCGGUUUCAUCUAAACAGUCCCGAAUGUUUACGAACAUUAGCGAUCGACCGACGAGCCGAGCCAUUGUAAAUCAGUUUACCGAGAACCUUUGUAAUAGAAACAUCUUUUCGAAUAUACAUCUAUUAAGAUCUGUGUAACCCAUAUAUUUUCGUCCACGAUCGAAAAAUUCUUUAAAAAUGUGAUAGAAAAGCCGGUCAUGCAUUCGCAUAUUUCGUACGUCGUGCUUGAUAUCCGUAUAUACGAUUAUCCUAAUGUUUAUCGUUAAUAUCCUUAUGUGCAACAAGAAAGAAGAAAGAAGGGACCAAGAAUCUGGAUAGUAGACGCGAUUCUUCGAGAAGGUACGUAUAAAUCCGAGAAAUUUUACGUAGGACCUUUCAAAAUAAUUUCGUGCCGAUUUCGUAGUAGAAUUUCAUAGAAUUAAAAUUUAACAAAUUAACGAUAUCUUCGACGUAUUUCAAUAUUUUCUCUCUCAACAUCUUCAAGAAUUUACAUUUGUGAAUAAUCGCGGUGAAUAAACGUUUGGUAUCCUAAACGAUUGUAUUUAUGUAAUGAAUUAGUUUAUUUCUUUCUUUAAGGUAAAUCAGCAUUAAUUAAAUUAUCAAAAUCGGAUCAAGUUCGAUGCAUUUCAUAUUGAUUGAUUAGAUAAAGAUUACAGAAGAAAGUAGUAUCAACUUUCAUCAGAAUUAUAUAACCUAUCUUCGUCAUUAGAGAUUAGUUUAAUAUAAACCUUAAUAUACAUUUCAGUAUAUAUAAAUUUACUAACUUAAAUAUUAUAUAAUUAAAAUAUUCAGUAAAAAUCUUUGAAUUAAUAUAAUAUUGUAAUUAUAAAAAUAUCUAUAUUGUGCGUAAUAACAAUUCUAUUGUUGAAAUGUUUUCCAAUACUUCGCUGUCGUGUACACAUCGUUGUAGUACAUAUCUAUUGUUAGUACGUAAACGCAAACGUCCUUAAAAGUACAAAUAUGAAACAAAAACAUACGAUAAAACAAAUAUGAGAUCAGCGAGGAAGGAAGUAAAUAAACAAUGAAACGUACAGGAAACAACAAUUUAGUUGAAUUAUUAAUUAUAUACUUAACAAUAAUUAGAUGAUGUAAAUCGUAUAAAAUUUUUCGAAAGUUCUAAGUUUCUUUUGAGCAAACUGUAAUAAUAUAUAAGUAUUGUACAUAUUAGUUUCAUAUGUAACAAUUAUUAUAUAUUUAUACAUCUCUAUAUAUAUUUAUUUUAUAAUUGAAUUCUUGCCGACAUUUAUUUACAGGAAUUAUCGAAAAUUUUUUAAACUUUAUUCGCUAAAUAUAUGUGGUUAUCGAACUAAGCUAAAUCCGAACACGUAUUAUUCUAAGAUAAUAGGUUAUCAGAAAAUUACAAUUAUCAGAUAAUUAUAUGUAAUCGAAAGAGUACGCUGAUACAGAAAAGACAAAAAAAGAAGAGAACGGAAGAUAAAAUAUGAACAAUGACUAGGAAAUAUUAUAUAAAGUGUAACAAUUUAAUGGACAGUUAAUUUUAUUAUUUUCAUUCGCUCUCGAUCGAUAUUGUCCUACACAUACACAUUCAUAUAUAUUCUAUAUUUGCGUUUCUAAACCAUUUUUGUCGUAGCAUAUACAUUUGUUUGUUUAUUCGUUUUUUUUUGUGAUUCUUUCGCGGACCAAAUGUUUAUAAUAUAAAAUGUGUAAAAAUCUGAUAGAAUCAAGUUACUGUAUAUUAUUUUAAAUAUACUACUGUUACUAUGAUAUUAUCACGAAUUCAUAGGAAUAUUCUACGAGAACUUUUUCGAAAUCUUUUAGAAAUUAAUCACUUUGCUCGUAAGGUAGCAGGAAAAGGAGUAAGAUGAUUAGUAGGUAGAUGAAGAUAAGGAGAGGAUAGAGAAGAAAGGGGUCGGAACAUCCCUCAAAAAAAUAUUUUUUUCCACUUGUGAACAAUGUAUUUGCAAUAUAUGCUAUUGGUUUUUAUCUCAUAUUGCGAUAUAUUACAACAUAUUGCACCAUAGUGAAACAACAUUUGCUAACUCACGUUCCGAAGUACGUACUGCACCACUGUUGUUAAUUGAUCUUGUAAAUUGUACUAAAUUUUUUUAUAGAUAUUAUCGUUUAUUAAAUUCAAGUAGGAUUUAAAUAUCAAUUUUUAAAGAAUAUUUUAUAUUAUUUAUAUUUCUUCUUAUUUAACUUUCUUAUAGGAACUAAUUUUUCUUUUUUUUUUUUUGUACUAACUAUUUGAGAUUCUAUUCUUCCUUCCCUUCUUGUCUUUUUUAUCGUAUUUUAAAACAUACAUUCAUUCACACUAGCUCGUUUAAUGUUUUUUAUAUAUAUUAUAAUUUUGUUAUUAAAAAUUACGAAAGAUUUUAUUUUUAUUACUUUUUAAUCGUAAAGCGUUAAAUCUCCUUCUCAACAAUUUUCAUAUAAUAAAUAUUGAUACUGUAAUAACAUUUUGUUAUAUGAAAAUAAAAAAGAUAUAAUAAAAAUAAAUUUUAUUUUCAAUAGAAAUGCCAUUGAACGAUUACGUGAAUAAAUGAAAAACUAUAGUGUCAUAUCAAGGAGAUAAAGAUUAACGUUUUUUCAGUAAUGUUCAUAUUCAUCCGGUAUUGAUAACAAUAAUCAUUGUCACAAUAAAUAAAAAUAAUUCAAUUUCAUUAGCAGACUUUAUUUUUAUUGAUGAUAUUAUCACGAUAAAUUGUUCAGCUCAAAAAUGAUAUCUUACUAUCGUCUUUAUCAUUUAUUAUUGAUCAUAAUUCUCAAUGAAUGGGAAAAAAUGUAGCCAAGAAUUAUUUCUUGAUAUAAACAUAUAAACGUGUAAAAAAUAUAAACAUUCAAUUCUUU